AUGGCGUCUCCGCUGCAGUAUGCCUACCGAACCCAGAAGACCAUCGGCGUCUUUGACGCUGCGCCUGUCUACGAGUCUCUCGCUGGGUUCAACAAGCCCGAGGGCAACCUCCGAUACUGCAUUUAUUCGCCCUGUGGACGUUACUUCGGUUGGGCCUCCAAUGAGGUUGUCACCGUUGUUGAUGCCUCGACUGGUCAGCAGGUCCUUUCUCUCCCCAUCCUCAACGUUUACGAACUCGGUUUCUCUCCUCGUGGCACUUUCGUCAUUACCUGGGAGCGCCCUGGCAAGGAUGAGAACGGCGAUGCCACCAAGAACCUCAAGGUCUGGCGUGUUGUAGAGGAGGGUGUUGCUGGUCAGGACAAGCAGCCCCUUGGCCGCUUUGUUCAGAAGCAGCAGCAAGGCUGGAACCUUCAGUACACAGCUGAUGAGAAGUACUGUGCUCGUGUCGUAACAAAUGAAGUCCAAUUCUACGAGAGCCACGACCUCGUCACGGUCUGGAACAAACUCCGAGUCGAGGGUGUUACCAACUUUGCCCUUGCUCCUGGCAGCCAGAACCAUGCUGUCGCCGUCUUUGUUCCCGAGCGCAAGGGUCAACCCGCCGCCGUCAAGGUCUUUAACGUUCCCCUCUUCAACAACCCUAUCUCGCAAAAGACCUUCUUCAAGGGAGACAAGGUCCAACUGAAGUGGAACAAGCUGGGCUCCAGCCUUCUGGUCCUGGCACAAACUGACGUUGAUCGCUCAGGCAAGAGUUACUACGGCGAGACCACCCUGUAUCUACUAAGCACUACUGGCGCUUUCGAUGCUCGUGUGUCCCUGGAUAAGGAGGGUCCUAUCCAUGAUGUUUCUUGGUCGCCCAACUCGAGAGAGUUUGGUGUUGUCUAUGGUUACAUGCCUGCCAAGGCCACCAUCUUCAACCAUCGCGCUGUUGCGACUCACUCGUUCCCGAUUGGUCCUCGAAACACCAUCACAUUCUCACCAACUGGUCGUUUUGUUUUGGUUGCAGGAUUCGGCAACCUUGCUGGUCAGAUCGAUAUUUAUGACCUCGAGAAAGAUUUCCGAAAGGUCACCACUAUCGAGAGCGGAAACCCCAGUGUCUGCGAGUGGAGUCCUGACAGCCGUUACAUCAUGACUGCUACAACUUCUCCUCGACUCCGUGUGGAUAAUGGUAUUAAGUUGUGGCACGUUAGCGGCGGCAUCAUGUACAACGAGGAUAUGGUCGAGUUGUACAAUGUUAUCUGGCGACCUCAGGGUCCUGAGAACAUUGCUCCCGGUGACCCCUUGAGCCCCAUUCCUACACCUCACUCCUCUGCCACGGCGCUCUUGGCCACGGCCAAACCCCCUAGUAAGCCUGCUGGUGCUUACCGUCCUCCUGGCGCUCGUGGUUUGGCCACGCCCCUUCACUUCAAACGCGAAGAUGAGGGCGGUGCUGCCCAUGUCGUAGGCAAUGGUGUUCCAAAUGUUGGUCCUAACGGUUUCGGUCGCCCACGCCGGGGUGUGCCAGGUGCGGAAUUUGCUGAGCAGACUCCUGCCGUCAGGACUGUUCCGGGUGCUGAGCCCAUGGGCGAUGAGAACUCGUCCAAGUCCAAGAAUAAGAAGAAGAGAAACAAGAAGAACGCCCAGGGCGAGAGUGGUCGACCUCAAGGCGAGCCUAACGGUGGAGCCAGCCUGGCUCCUCCCUCUCAUGACCGAGGCCAUGAUGGUCGCAGCCCCGAGCGACGCAACCAUCGCAACAGAAGCCAGUCGCGCAACAACCAACCUCGUAGCCGAAGCAAUACACACCGUAACGGCCAUGGAAAUCAGCAGCAAACCCAAGGCUCCGGUGCUGCCGCUGCCGCCGCUGAUGCAUCUCAGAACCCCAACGCUAAGAAGAUUCGUAGUCUCCAGAAGAAGGUUCGCGCCAUUGAGGAUCUUGAAAUGCGUCUGGCAGGUGGAGAAAAGCUAGAGGAUACCCAGCUUAAGAAAAUCAACACAAAGUCGUCUGUGCUGAAGGAGCUCGAUGGUUUAGAAAAGGAGAACUAA